GGUGCAAGCAUCCGUCCACCAGUACGUUUUAUCAAUCCCAUCGGCAUACAUUUUUGUGAAUAUAACAAAAAGAAGGAAAAUAAGGAACGGAGACAGUGACACAGGCAGGAGUUGUUAGUAAACCCUCAUUAUGGAGGCCGUUGCGCUUCAUGACUUUGUUCCUCAAAGUGCCAAUGAUGACGAAUUACCAUUUAGAAAAGGCUCGAUUUUAAAAGUAUUGAAUAUGACAGAUGAUAAAAACUGGUUUAAAGCUGAACAAAAUGGAAAAGAAGGCUUCGUCCCUAAAAAUUAUAUACAAAUGAAGCCACAUGCUUGGUAUUAUGGAAAAAUUCGAAGAGCAGAAGCAGAGCAGUUGUUACUACAAGAACAGCAUGAUGGAGCAUUCUUGCUUAGAGAUAGCGAAAGUACUGCAGGUGACUUCUCUCUUUCUGUCAAAUUCAAUAAUCAAGUUCAACAUUUUAAAGUCUUACGUGAUGGUGCUGGAAAGUAUUUCUUAUGGGUAGUCAAAUUUAACUCUCUGAAUCAACUUGUUGAAUAUCACCGAGCAGCCUCAGUUAGCCGUUCACAAACUAUAUAUUUAAAAGACAUGACCAACGCACAUGAGGUUGGUCGUGCAUUGUUCGAUUUCGUGGCGCAGGAAGAAAACGAGCUAUCUUUCAGUCGAGGUGAUCUUAUUAAAGUUUCCGACAACACUGACCAACAUUGGUGGAACGGGAAAGUGAACGACCGAGAAGGUAUGUUUCCAGCAAAUUACAUUCAGCUAAUCACGACAAGAUGAUACGAUCAAGAGAGCGUUUCUUUAUUCGUUGUGUACUGUGUAAAAACAUGAAUAUGAUUUGGUGUAAGUAAAUGUAGAAAACAAAAGAACUUAUAUAAAACUUUCACCCACCGCUAUCAACUUGUAUUUAUCACAUUUGCACGAACUCUUGUGUUGUCUUUUGUUAACCUUACGUGCGUCUGUGUUUAAUGAGGCAGUCAAAUCUAGAACAAAGCACUUCGUCGUAAGUCGUACAUAUUUAAAAUAAAAUAAUAUUAGUACCUUAUUAGCUCUUUUAACGGCACCCAGUUGUCAAUUUUUCGACGACGUUUUGUCUAUUCGUCGUGAUUUAGUCCAAACUGUUAGAAAAUCACGUCAAGUCAGCAUGAUUUUGUCCAAACUUUUAAAAACAACGUCAGUUUGAACUUUUGAAAAAAAUGACGUCACUUCAACGUUAGUUGAUCCGAAUGAAGAAAGAGCAGAUAAUGUAAAUGAUUUUGUGCCAAAUUGUAUAUUUUAAUUUUCUCUGUCGCAUAAUUUGCGUUCUAUUUUUUUCUUGUAAAUAGAUUUUUUAGUAAUUUCAUAUAUGAUUUUUAUUUUUUCUGCAA